UUGGAUGGUGGCAAACGACGUAACAUUUUUCAAUGAGCCGCCAUAUUACACCAUUACGUUCAUUCGGUAAAGAAAGGGAAAGGUAGGAUCCAGCUGCAGGAUACUAUUAGGAAGUGGGGGUUGUUGUCGGGCGUUUGUUAAAGCGUUGCACCUACACCUGCGGUGUCCUAGUUUAGUUGUUAUUUUUUAUUAUCUUCACACGUUUUAUCUAGCUACUCUUCUACAAUGGCGACUGCGGCGGCAACUCCGACCGGCCAAAGAAGCACGUGCGGCAGCGGCACACCGCUGAGCCCGAAUAGGAUAACCAGACUGCAGGAGAAACAACAGCUCAGGGACCUCAACGACCGCUUGGCCGUUUACAUCGACAAAGUUCGUAGUUUAGAGUCCGAAAAUGAUGUCCUCCACUUGCAAAUUAGCGAGAAGGAAGACGUGAGGAGUCGGGAGGUGAGCGGACUGAAAGCGCUGUAUGAGACCGAGCUAGCCGAUACCAGGAGGUGUUUGGAUGAUUCUUCCAAAGAACGGGCCUGGCUGCAGAUUGAGCUGGGAAAGAUCAAGACUGAUCAUGAACAGCUUCUACAGAGCUACAACAAGAAGGACUCAGAGGCAGCAGGAGCCCAGGCUAGGCUGAAGGACUUGGAGGCUCAGCUGAACUCUAAAGAGGCCAUGCUGGCCACAGCACUCUCUGAGAAGAGGGGCCUUGAGACCACACUGGCUGACCUGCAAGAACAGCUGCAGGAGCUGGACACUGGCCUUGCUCAGACCAAGAAGCACCUUGGAGAUGAGAUGCUUCUCCGUGUCGACUUGGAAAAUCGCUGCCAGAGUCUGACUGAGGAAGUCGAAUUCCGUAAAGGCAUGCAUGAGGAGGAAGUGAAGGAGGCCCGGCAGCGGUAUGAGACCCGGUUGGUGGAGGUGGACUCUGGACGAAAAGAGGAGUAUGAAUAUAAACUGACUCAGGCCCUGGCUGAGAUGAGGGCUCAGAAUGAGGAUCAGAUCAAGAUCUACAAGGACAACAUGGAGAGCACCUACGUGGCCAAACUCGAGGACCUGCAUCGGUUGUCUGAGAUGAAUGGAGCAUCAGCCAACAUGGCCCGAGAGGAGCUUAGAGAGUCAGCCCUCAGGAUUGAGAGCCUCACUGGCCAGCUGGCAGGACUGCAGAAGGAGACUCGUGUUUGGCGUGAUCGUAUAGCGGAGCUGGAGGCAGCAUUGAUUCAAGAGAAAGACACAAGCCGGAAGCUGCUGGCAGACAAAGACCGUGAGGUGGCUGAGAUACGAGCCAAGAUGCAGGAGCAACUAAAUGAGUAUGAGCAACUGCUGGAUGUUAAACUGGCUCUAGAUAUGGAGAUCAACGCCUACCGCAAACUUCUGGAGGGAGAAGAAGAAAGACUGAAGCUGUCACCCAGUCCUUCAUCUCGUGUCACGGUGUCCAGAGCCUCAUCCAGCAGCCACAGUGUGGUAAAGAGGAAGCGUGUAGAUGUGGAGGAACAAGAAGCCAGCAGCUCGAUGUCCAUUGCCCACUCUGCCUCGGCCACAGGACCCAUCUGCAUCGAUGAGAUCGACAUAGACGGCAAGUUCAUUAGCCUCCACAACAGUGGAAAUGAGGACCAGGCCAUGGUGGGCUAUGAGAUGAUUAAAACUAUUGGAAAUGCUACAGCCACCUACAAGUUCACACCCAAAUACGUCCUAAAGGCUGGCCAGAAAGUUACAGUUUGGGCAUCUGAUGCUGGUGUGAUCUCGAAACCACCAUCAGACCUGAUUUGGAAGAAUGAGUCCUCCUGGGGUUCUGGGAUGGAUGUCCACGUGGUGCUGAGCAAUCCACAGGGAGAGGAGGUGGCCAAGAGAACCACAACAUACAGAACAGCAGUAGAAAGGCAGCAGAGUGACGACGAUGAUGACAAUGGAGUGGAGGCCAUUGAAGAAGAUGUCUUCCACCAGCAGCGGGACCUUCGCAGUGCCAGAAGAGGCUGCUCCAUCAUGUGAUCCCAUUGCACCAAUCGAUAACCUCUUCCUCUGAGCCCAGCCAGUCUGCUGCCGUCUGUAAUACUAGGCCUAUUUUUCUAUCUUUUGUAGUGUGUUUCAAUCAAAUGUGUGAAUUUUAUAGUAUUUUAUCUUUCUGGUUCUUUUAAAAAAAACAGUUUAUUUUUCACAAUGUAUCUCAAAAGAACAAAACGUGGUUGUGAAACAAACUUGGGAUUUGUAGUCCCCCUCCCUUUCAUUUUUUAAACCACGCAACAAGUAGCUAAAUCCAAGAACAGACUGUGUGAAGAAAAUGAGCCACAUAUUUAGUCAUUUAAAGAUUAGAUUUUAAUUUUGUUUUUUACUUUAUAUUUUAUCUAAUUAUCCAUGGUGUUUUAGGCCUUUGAAGUCAUGCGACAAGCCAGAAGAUGUCAGUAAUUAGUUUAGGUCAUGGACAUGUUUAGAUCUUUUUCUAUUUGCUGAAGCUUAUUGAAAUACUUUAUUUAAAAAUACCUGGUAAAAGAAAUCUACACUGAAAAGACAAGUACACUAAAAGCCUGUGUAAUGAAUUAUUUGCUCCUGUCGGUUUGGACCUUGACUGGACAAAUGAUCAGCAUUAUACAAUAUGAAACCUGUUGAAUGGCAUUCUUCUGAUGUCUUUAGAGAAAAGGAAAAACAUACUAUGAUUGUGUUCAUAUGAAGUGACAAUUGAAGCUGAUUAGCAGUUGUCAAGAAGACAGAAGUUGACAUUGUGGCGUCGAGCCCUAGUGGUAGCAUGAUAAGGAUUUAACUAGACUGAAAACAGCUAAUUUCCACCAGGAUCUCUUUGUUUUUCUCUUAAAAACCUUGUGCCAUCAGAAUAAUUUGACAGAUGUUAUCUGAUUCUACACCCAAGGGCUGUAGUGUGAUGUCAGCUUCACUGACUUUGAAAAGAACAGUGCACCACUAAUUAAGAAGCAUUGAUUGUACUCAACUUUUGAUAUGUUAAGUGUUUGAAAUAUGUUUUGUGUUGGUGUGUUAUAUGCAUGCUAUGGCUGUAAUCUUCAUAGAUGAUUAAAUGUCUUCUUGUA